GUGCCAAGCAUCCAAGUGUUUCUGCUCCAGAUCCACUACAACUACUCGCGUCAGACUUCGGGCUCACAGCAGCUUGCACAGAGAAGCGCAGGCAGCCCGGCCUCAAUGCUGCUGAUGGGCUCGGCGCGCCGCGCCGGCUGCUCCCCGGUCUGCCUUGACCUCAGCGUCGGGCCACCCACGCCGUGGCCGGCGAGCAGCACGGAGAUGGAAGCUGAACCUGAACUACCUGACCGUCCGGCCAGUGGCAGAGCGACGUCGUCCAUGAUCGACGAGGAGGACAAGACCCUGGAGGCCAAGUUCACCCAGGUGAGCGAGGAGAACCGGCGGCUGACCGAGAUGAUCGCCUACCUGUACGCCAGCCAGGUCGCGCGGCCGAGCCUUGACGGCUCGAGCUCGCCACGCGCACCGCCGCCGGCCGAGGGCAAGAAGAGGGGCAGGGAGAGUCCGGAGGACUUGAACUCCUGCGACGCCAACAGCAACAAGAAGGGUAUCGGUGCCGCUGACAGCCCGCUGAGCGACGGCGCCUCGUGCCGGCGGAUCAAGGUCAGCACGGUCUGCACCCGGAUCGACCCGUCGGACACGACCCUCGUGGUGAAAGACGAGUACCAAUGGCGCAAGUACGGGCAGAAGGUGACGCGCGACAACCCGUCCCCUAGAGCCUACUUCCGCUGCGCCUUCGCGCCCUCCUGCCCCGUCAAAAAGAAGGUGCAGAGGAGCGCGGAGGACAGUUCGGUGCUGGUGGCGACGUACGAGGGCGAGCACAACCACCCGAGCCCGAUGCGCGCCGGCGAGCUGCCGAGCUGCGCGACGCGGAGCGGUUCCGUGCCGUGCUCCAUCUCCAUCAACUCCUCCGACCCGACCAUUACGCUGGACCUCACCAAGAACGGAGGCGGCGGCGUGGGGGUGCUCGAGGCCGAGGCGCCUGACCUCAAGAAGCUGUGCAGGGAGAUCGCAUCGCCGGAGUUCCGGACGGCGCUGGUGGAGCAGAUGGCGAGCUCGCUGACCAGCGACCCCAACUUCACCGGCGCGAUCGCCGCAGAGAUCCUGCACCAGCUGCCGGAGUACUAGAGUAUAGUUGCCGGUGUCGUAGUUCAGAAACUUCAGUCUUCUGCAGCUGUUCUUCAGAGGAACUUGGUAGGAAUAGUGCAUUUCUACUGAGAUUAGGGCCUAAUCUCUCCCAAAUUCUACAUGCAUAAUUUGAGCUUUCUUUGUUCUGCUUUAGGAUCUGAACUGUACUAUCAAUCAAUAAUAUUGUACAUUUCAAAUGUCCAGAGUUUCA